UAAAUGUGAAGGCAAAAUCCAAGAAAUAAUUGCAAAAGUAUUCUUUUUUGAAGACCUCCGUAAAAAUGCCGUAAACAACAAAAAAUAUAGAUAAAAUUGCUAAAUAAAUAAUUAAAAUCAUUAAUUUAACAAUAAAAAGUAAAGUAAGUACUAAAAGUGUUAGACCAGACACCAAACUAAACAUAAUUAGUAAAAAGUGGAACAAUCUAAAAAAGAAUACACCAAUCAACUCAUUGAAAAACAUAAAAAACAGCAGACAAGCAGGCAUAAGAAAAAAACGAAACGAAAAAGUGAACAAAAAGCAAAUGUAAUAAAAAAGUAUUUGUGAGAAAAUUGUGUAAAAUAUGGAUAAUUUAGAACCUUGGAAUAUGUUUACCAAUGAUUUUAUGCCAGAUGAGGGCAAUGUAGAUGAUGUUAGUGGUAUGGAAGCCGAAGAUGGGGAAGGAGGUGGUGAUGGUGUGCCGUUUUCUAUUCCCUCACCAGUGCAAGAUAUGCAAGUUAAAGAAGAGCCUCAAGAUGUGGCCGAAGAAAUAUUCGACGAAGAAAACGAAAAUAUACCAUUUCACUUUCUCUCUGACGGGGCCAGUAAUAAUGACAACAAUAACGACGAUAGUCGAAUUCGCAAUCCCGAAGAAGAUGAUGCUCUCUUCGAUUUCGGCAUAGAAUCUUCGAAUUCGCAAAAUCGCACUAUUUUCAAUAAAACAACAGUUGCUGACAAAGAUACGAACUUAGCGCCGGAAGACCAAUACUACAAUGCCAUGGUUAAGUUUGAAGAUGCAGUAAUUUAUAUAUGCCCCGCUUGUGGUCAUGAAUUUAGUUCCCAAGAUGCAUGGAAAAAUCACUUAAACGUAAUACAUCUUUAUAAUACACGUCGUGGCCUAAAUUUCAUACAACUGGAUAAACUCUACCAUGAAUGUAUGGAAUGUCACAAACGCAUCGCUAUGCACAGUAUGGAGAAUUUACUCAAACAUAAAUUCACCCAUCUACCGUUUCGUUGUAGUAAGUGUAUGGUGUGUAAGAGACAAUAUAAAUAUCGGCAGGAUCUUAUGGUACAUUUGCGAAUGAACCAUCGUGAUGAUUUAAUAGCUCUUCUCAAGAAAGAACAUACAAAACCUAAAAAUGCCCAUUCACAGCCACAAACAAUACGUUCAAUACUGAGCAGACCAGAUGGCAGCGGAGGCCCUCAAAGCAGCAUUAGAUCAAAUAUAUCCAUUGGAACCAUUAAGGAAAAUGCUGCAGAUUUAUUUGAUAAUAUCGAAGUUAAAAAUGAAGUACUCAAUGAAGAUGAAGAUGAUACAAUGGGCGAAGAUAGUCUGCCGCCACCAUCCAAACGACCAGCUAUGGAUUUGCCAAUUUUUCUGGAAGACGGUUCUACAAAUGGUUCAGCGGGCGAUCAACCAAUACGAAGUACAAAUAAAUCUUCAGCAGUGACGGAUGAUAUAGAUGGCUCACUUGAGGAAUAUGUUCUAUUCACAUGUCCGCAAUGUGGUACCGAGUGUGAGACACAAGCUCAGUGGCGUCAACAUAUUGAAUAUGUACAUGAAUUUGGCACAAGGAGGGGUCUUAAUUUUCGGGAGCUGCUUAAUCAACAGGCUCAAUGCAUGGGUUGCAAUGUGAUCCUAUCAAACUCUUCGAUACGCAGUCUACAAGUACAUAAAUUCAGUCAUCUUCCCUACAAACAAUGGAUGAGUUGUAAACUUUGUUUUACAUCUUUCAAUUCAAAUCGCGAUAUUAUUAAACAUUUGGCAGCCAAGCAUCAUUUGGUAUCGGAAAAUAAUGCAACAGCAUCUGCAGCCCAAAAUAACGAAGAUGAUAGCCAAGAAGCAUUUGGCUUUGGUAGUGGUGGUGGUGGUGGCGGUGGUGAUGAUUAUGAUGAUGGUGGUAGUUAUGGAGCGUCGGAUAGUAAAAAUCUAACAUCAGAUAAGGAUUUGUACACAACGAGAUUGGAAGAACGUGAUGUAUUCGAACAACAUAUAACGUACAUUUGUCCAGCAUGUGGUAAGGAAUAUAAUGAUAAGAAAGUGUGGCGUAAACAUAUUGUAGAAGUUCACAAGUUAGGUGAAUUGGAAAAUUUAAAUUUUGAAAAUAUCAAUGAUCGUCAGCUGAAAUGUAGGGAAUGUGAUAAGAUUAUAACAAAUGCCUAUGGCAUACAAAAUGCCCAACAACAUCGUAUGACUCACAUGCAGUAUAAAUCCUUUGCCAAGUGUCGUCUAUGUCGUAAAACUUAUACUGAUCGCAAAGGUUUGAUCAAGCACUUGAGAAACUCUCAUAAACUGGGUGCACGAGGAGGUUUUGGACAAAUUACUCCUGUCCCAGCGGCAGCAAAUUUUGGUGGUGGUGGUGGUGGCGGUGCCACUUUCAAGCCAUUUGUCAAAAAACCCUAUAAGAUAGCUCAUUAUCCACCUAAAGAAAUUGUUCGACUUUCAAAUUAUACCUAUGAAAUUGUACAUUUAAUCGAAGACGAUGAUGAUGACGACGAUGUGACCGUAGUUGGCGGUUAUGACUUUGCCAAAGGUGAUGCUCAUUUGUAUAAAAACAAUAAUUCACCUUAUAAUGCACCCCCAAAAAGGAGUAAUAACAUGGAACAAAUUACCAGACAUAAAUGUGUGGAUUGUGGUUCUAUAUUUCCCACGCCGCAAUCACUGCAACAUCACAUUAGAAAAGAACAUGAAUUUGUCGAUUAUCAAAAUUCCCCUUCAAAUCAGGCAACGCAAAAUGAGGAAAAAUCAAAUGAUACAGAUGAUUUAUUAGUGCCCAGUCGGGAUGUUGAUGUCCAGCCCGAUGAACACAUCACCAUGGAGUGUAAUUUCAUUUAUCUAUGUCCUCAGUGUGGUGUAGAAUUUCGUUCACAAAUCCAGUGGCGUCGUCACAUUAAUAUUGAGCAUAACUUUGAUAAACGUGACUCUUUAGGCUUUCGUCCUUUGGAUAAAUUUCGUUACCAGUGUAAACAAUGUAAAGAUACGGUGACGAGUUCGAAGCUUAAGGGUCUUCAGGACCAUAAAUUCAGACAUUGUCCCUACAAACUCUACUUGAAGUGUCUGCUGUGCGGCCAAUCGUACAAUCAUAAACCCAAUAUGAUUGCCCAUCUACGACAAAGACACAACAUAGUGGAACUUGUGGAUGGUGGUGGAGGAGGAGGGGGUGGUGCUUCAUCCAUGGACUCUAUGCAGCAAAGACAUUCAUCCAAUUCACAUAAUAACAGCUCAUCUGGUAAAGAGUUUAAUGAUGCACCAGCCAGACCCAUACGAAAUUCUGAUCCUUCCAAUAACAAUACAAAUCGCCCACCGGGUUUGAAGACAGUAGAGGAUGUUAUAUCCUUUCACAAUGCAGUCGAUCAUGAAACUAUUACGUACCACUGUCCCUCGUGCAAUGAGAGCUUCGACUCGCACGUCUUUUGGCGCAAACACAUUGUGGAAGCUCACAAUCUGAAUAGUAGAGAAGGUUUGAAUUUCCGGCAAUUGGAUGAACAUCAUUACAUUUGCCUACAGUGCUAUAAAAGGGUCACGGUCACCCACACCAAGGGCGCCAUUGGACAAUUGCAGUCGCAUAAAUUUAGACAUUUGCCAUACAAGUCAUUCAGUUGCACAGCCUGCCAAGGAGAAUUCGUACGCAAACAAAUGUUUUUCAAACACUUGGAUAAAAACACCAACAAGUGUUCUGGCAUUAAUCCGGAUGCUAGUUACCUGGAUGCUGGCGAUACCAGCACAGCACCAAAUAAUGACGAUGACAGUGCCGUUGAUUUUAAUGCUACUAUGGCCGAGCCCGCCAGUGGUGGCAGUACUUCAUCAUCAGCAAAAUUCUCUUGGCCUACUCGCACCUCACUGCCGGCACAAUCUAAUGCUAAUGCUGCUAUUAGCGAAUCAAUUUCGGAAAACCAGGGUUGUUUUACCUUAAAUUGUCCUCAGUGCGGGGCUGAUUUCGAAACUACUAGAGGUUGGCGUGAACACAUAAAUAUCGAACACAAUCUCAACAAUAGAACUGUAUUGAACUUCAAAAAAAUCAGUGCCAAACUACACGUUUGUUUGGAAUGCAACGAACAUGUCAAUGGGCGCAAACUACGCGAUCUUCAGGUGCAUAAAUUCAAGCACUUACCCUAUGGGGCCUAUUUGCAUUGCCGCUAUUGUUCCAUGAAAUAUUUCCACAUUAGCAAUAUGCAGGAGCAUUUGAAGAAUAAACAUCCCAAUAUGGUGCAGAAAAUGAAAAACUAUGAAGACGAUUGUGUCACUCUAGAUGAGGAUGACGAUGGCAACGCAGAAGGUAUUAAUGAUACUGAGGCGGGUCUGGAUGGUGAUGCUGACGAAAGUAAUCACUGCUUAGAAGACAUAGUUGAUAUGGAUUUGUUGGAAGCAGAGGCCGAAAUUGAAGAAGUUGAUCCCGAUAAUGUUGAAUCUGAAGAACAAUAUCUUUUAGGCUAAGAUUUCCAAAUAAAAAAAAAUUAAAAAAAGUAAUUGCAACAAAAACACAAGUUGUUUAUACAUACACAACUAAACAAAAAAGAAAGUAAUACAUCUAACCAUUUUUAUUUCUAUUUACAAAUCGCCCUUAUCGCCCCCUCCCUAACUAUUUUAAACGAGUUUUUUAAAUUUGUUCUUUUAAUUUUCAUACACCUUUACUAUUUUUAUUAAAUAUCUUAUAAUUAUCUAUAUUAUAUCUUAUUUAUAUUUAUAAGUAUUUAUCAUUUUAUUAUACAUUUUGUAAAUUUUUCUACAUAGAACCUUCAUAACUUUCACUUUUUACCUCUUUACGUAAAAUUGCAUUUGUUUUCUUUUUUGCUUCCAAUACUACACACCCAUUUUCAUUUAUAUUUUUGCCCCCUCCAUUAAAUUAAACAUAAAUUAUAGUUUAACAAAUCUAUUAUUAAGAAAAAAAGCAUCAAUAACAAACAAAAACAAACCGUAAUAAAGUUUCAGUUAAAAAGGAAAAAAAAAA